GGAAAAGAAUACUGAAAGGACCUCAGUAUACAACUGUAUGGAACUGUGAAGCUGUAAUACACUCUGCUGGAGUGGUGGAAGAAAUCUGCUUCAUCUAAUUCAAUCCUAAUUCAGUCCUGCUAAUCUGCUAAUACUGUAGAUUGAAAGAUUUUUUGCUGUUGCCAGGAUACCCUGUAAUGGGCAAGGAGCCUGAGAGAAUACAAAUCGUUCUGGUUUUUUAACUUUUAAAAAACUUUUGUGUUUAACAGGGAACAUGUUUUAAAGUGUUUUGGUUUUGUGCCAGGAGGUGUAUCUGCUGCCCAGCCUCCAAUUCUUUGGAAGAGUUUCAAAGCAAAUGUGUUCAUGAACUGACAUAUAUUAGGACCUGGGCUCCUGUUGAAAAGUGAUGGAAUAUUCUCUGGCCGGCACCUGACAUGUUGAGGGAGCACCCCCUAAAAGAGCUUGCCUGGGAGACAGUUUGUGAAAUAACGCAGUGACAUGUUUGCAGUAACCAGCAUGUUUUGGAAAUUUGAUCUCCAUUCGUCAUCCCACAUAGAUACACUUCUAGAGCGAGAAGAUGUAACACUGAGGGAGUUGAUGGAUGAAGAGGAUGUUCUGCAAGAGUGCAAGGCUCAGAAUCGCAAACUUAUAGAGUUUCUGCUGAAGUCAGAAUGUUUGGAAGACUUAGUUUCAUUUAUUAUUGAAGAGCCACCUCAAGACAUGGAUGAAAAAAUUCGAUAUAAAUAUCCAAACAUAUCGUGUGAGCUGCUUACAUCAGAUGUCUCACAGAUCAAUGAUAGGCUGGGAGAAGAAGAAUCCUUACUUAUGAAACUGUACAGCUUCCUCUUAAAUGAAUCUCCUCUAAAUCCUUUACUGGCCAGUUUCUUCAGCAAGGUGCUAAGUAUUCUUAUAAGCAGAAAACCAGAACAGAUUGUGGAUUUUUUGAAGAGGAAACAUGAUUUUGUAGACCUCAUUAUUAAGCACAUAGGGACCUCUGCUAUCAUGGACUUGUUGCUCAGGCUACUGACUUGCAUAGAACCUCCACAGCCCCGGCAGGAAGUGUUAAAUUGGCUAAAUGAGGAGAGAAUUAUUCAGCGGCUUGUGGAAAUUGUACAUCCGUCUCAAGAUGAAGAUAGACAUUCAAAUGCAUCACAGUCACUCUGUGAAAUUAUCCGUCUAAGCAGAGACCAGAUGUUACAAGUACAGAACAGUUCAGAACCAGAUCCACUGCUUGCAAGUCUAGAAAAGCAAGAAAUCAUAGAGCAGCUGUUGUCUAAUAUUUUUCAUAAAGAAAAAAAUGAAUCUGCAAUAGUCAGUGCAAUCCAAAUACUAUUGACCUUACUUGAGACAAGACGACAGACAUUUGAAGGCCAUAUAGAGAUCUGUCCUCCAGGCAUGAGCAAUUCAACAUAUUCUGUCAACAAAAGUGUGUUAGAAGCCAUAAAAGCACGACUUUCAUCCUUUCAUGAGCUCCUACUUGAGCCUCCAAAAAAAAGUGUCAUGAAGACAACCUGGGGUGUAUUGGAUCCACCUGUGGGAAACACACGUUUAAAUGUUAUUAGAUUAAUAUCUAGCCUUUUACAGACUAAUACAAGCAGUGUGAAUCAGGAACUUAUAGAGCUUAACAGCAUAGGAGUAAUACUGGACAUGUUCUUUAAGUAUACAUGGAAUAACUUUUUGCAUACUCAAGUAGAAAUCUGUAUUGCAUUGAUUCUUGCAAGUCCUCUUGAAAGCACAGAAAAUGGCACAAUUACAGAUCAGGAUUCUACUGGGGAGAAUCUCUUACUGAAACAUCUCUUCCUUAAGUGCCAAUUAAUAGAACGAAUACUUGAAGCAUGGGAGAUGAAUGAGAAGAAACAGGCUGAAGGAGGAAGACGGCAUGGCUAUAUGGGUCAUCUGACAAGGAUAGCAAACUGUAUUGUUCAUAGCACAGAUAAGGGGCCAAACAGCACACUAGUCCAACAGCUCAUUAAAGAGCUUCCAGAGGAGGUCAGAGAGCGAUGGGAGACAUUCUGCACAAGCUCUUUAGGAGAAACUAACAAGAGGAAUACAGUGGACUUGGUUACUACCUGCCACAUUCAUUCUUCCAGUGAUGAUGAGAUUGACUUUAAAGAAACUGGCUUCUCACAGGAUUCUUCUUUGCAGCAGGCCUUUUCUGAUUAUCAGAUGCAACAAAUGACGUCCAAUUUUAUUGACCAGUUUGGCUUCAACGAUGAGAAGUUUGCUGAUCAAGAUGACAUCGGCAAUGUUUCUUUUGAUCGGGUCUCAGACAUCAACUUUACCCUCAAUACGAAUGAAAGUGGCAAUAUAGCCUUGUUUGAGGCGUGCUGUAAGGAGCGGAUACAGCAGUUUGAUGAUGGUGGCUCUGAUGAAGAAGACAUUUGGGAAGAAAAACAUAUUGCAUUUACACCAGAGUCACAGAGGCGUUCCAGUUCGGGCAGUACGGACAGUGAAGAAAGUACAGAUUCUGAAGAAGAGGAUGGAACAAAACAAGACUUGUUUGAAUCGCACACCAGUACAGAGGACAAAAUGGAAGUAGACUUAACUGAACCACCAAACUGGUCAGCUAACUUUGAUGUACCCAUGGAGACUGCACAUGGUGCCAAUCUGGAUUCUGUUGGGUCUGAUGUAUGGAGUACAGAAGAACCUAUGCCAGCAAAAGAAACUGGCUGGGCUUCCUUUUCAGAGUUCACAUCCUCUUUGAGCUCAAAAGAUUCCUUAAGAAGUAAUUCUCCGGUGGAAAUGGAAACAAACACAGACCCAAUUGAUCCCUUAAGUGCAAAUGUAACUGCUCUUGCAACACAGCUAGAGACCCCAGGAAGUGUUGCUAUGGAAGCCAGCUCAGAUGGAGAGGAUGAUGUAGAAAAUGCAGACAAGGUAACUGAAACAGUAAUGAAUGGCAGCAUGAAGGAGACACUGAGCCUUACUGUAGAUGCUAAAACUGAAACAGCUGUUUUCAAAAGUGAGGAAGGAAAAUUGUCUACCUCACAGGAUGCUUCGUGUAAAUAUGUAGUAGAAGAGAAUGCAGAGGUUGCAGAAGAGGCUCCUUCAGCUCUGCAGCCUACUAACAGCAGUCCAGAACAGAGGACUGAUCAAGCCAGCCAUUUAGGAGAGGCAUCUGUUAAUGGCCCAGUAUGAUAUGUGGUGUCUACUACCUUGGCUGAAGAAAAUGAACUGAUAUCCAGGUGUUUGAGUGUUUCUUGAGGAUUUCAUCUAGACCCUGUUGAAGCCAGUCACUGCUGCACUAAUUUCGCAAGGGAUCAGGACCAGCAACAUUUAUAUUCUAGAUUUUAAGACAUUGUACAGAAAUUCAUAAGUGUAAAAAAUAUUGCACAUUGAGAAAUACCAAUAAUUUUUGCGUAUGUUUAUAUUGUAUUGUUCUAAAUAAUGGGUGGCCUGUGAAAUAAGAUCCUGCUGCCCGUGUAAUGAUGACAGUAGUGUUACUAUAGUUCAAAUGGCUGUAAGAAUAGUUUUAUAAAAAAGUGAAUACACAAAUCUAAUGUAUUUGAGACAUAACUAUUUGAUGAUUAGUGUGACCAAAGUAUUUAGCAGUUUUCAUACAUUUUUUUUUCACCUUGUAAAAAGAAACAAAAAAAAAAAUUAAUUCAUGUUUCUUCUGAAACUGAAAUGCCCUAUAAAUGUUAUUUUGGUUGUUUUAGCUUAAAAAGUGAUUUAAAUAAGAAUUUUUUGGUGUUCAACAUUUUACAACAGGUUUUUUAAUUGGUAAUUGUUUUCUGUAUUGUUUAAAACAGAUCAAAAAUGUAAGUCUAUUGGUAGAGAUUUUAAGUAUUUAUUGCUACAACUUAGUUGACAAAUUGAUGUUACUGUAAAGCCAUAUGUUCUGUUAAGUCUUGUUUGCUUGAAACAAAACCUUCCAGGUGAAACACUAGAAUAUUUGAAGUGCACAUGGCUUGUUGUGUUUAAGUGAUUCACCUGCCUUUUAACCCAUUCACCAAGAUUUAGUUUAAUACCAAGCAUUAUACAAUGGGACAUUUCAGAACAAUCUGCGUAUUUAAAACGCUAUAAUCCUUUUAGACAAGUCGAGUAAAUGAAAUGCCCGUGCUGCUAAUGUAAUUACAGUACAUGCAUUUUAAAAGUAUAUAGUGUUUUUAAUACAAAUUUUGGCAGCAGAGCAUGUUAAUUGUUACUUUCACUGUACUGAUCUGUGUGAGGCUUUCAUUUGUAUGUUCUAAACCAGUUUUUUCACAGCUGGUUUGUGUAUAUAUAUAUAGUGAUUAUGGAAACUAAUUCUGUGUAAUUUAUAAUUUUCUAUGUCAGUGUAAAAUUCCAACAGCCUUCUCAAACAAACAGAAGCAAUAUACUGUAUAUUGCCACACUGUCUGGUGAAAGGGUUAAAGUACUUCACCUCCUGCACUUUUAGAUGCAAAUCCAUUUUUGUUUCUGUAAUAGUUACAUGCAUUUAUUUUUUACAUCAUUUGUUUUCCUGACCAGUAUUUAAAGCCAAAAGGAUACUCUAAACAAUGGCCAAUGAUUUAUUUUAGAAGGCAUCCCAAGCAACGUGCCUAAACAUUACAUUGCAUACAGAAAUAAAUAAAAAAACCACACACCUGUAUAAUGGCAUCGCCCUUAUUGCUUCCUCUCUUGCAUUUUGUGCAGAAAAUUUCAGUGGCACUCUUCAUUGUAAAUUGUUACGAACUGAUCAGUUGUAUGAAAAUGGAGGGAAAACCCCACAGUAUCACACGGGUAACUAUGGUUGCCCUUUUAUUUGUACUUUAUAAAUGAUGGAAUCAAGUCAGUUUAAGUUGUUUCUUCAGUUCAGAAUUACUUCCAGAUCAGCUUGACCAAAAAUGUUUUGUAUGGUAGCUUUACGGGUGGCAGCUGUCCUUUUAUCCCUUUCUCAUCUGUUACCAAGCAAGCAGCUUUAGAAACAAACCCACUCAUUUUAACACAUGAAUUGCAAUCCAAGUAGAAAUCCCAAAUACAGGAAAGCAGUGUGGUGGCUUACAUAACUUUGACGCUUUAUAAGGAAUAAAACUUUUGGCCGAAAGGUGGAGCUAUUUGUCCCUUGCUAACAAGUUAAAUUAACUAGCUAGGUAGCCAUGGAAAGUGAAGGAGAUAGCGGUGGCCUGUUAGUUGAAACUGUGUUUCAGCCCUAUUGCCUG